GGGAGAGAGACCGGCCGAGAUUCAAACUCGAAAUCUAAACGACCGAACAUUCAGAGUCACGCGAGUGGCCGCGCGAUACGGCUCGGGCGUUUGAAAACGUACGGACGACGACAAAGGACACGACGAGUCGCGCGCCAUGUGCGAUCGGAGAAGUUUCAGAUUAAAGAGAAUCCUCUGUGUUCUAUUCUUUGUCAAUGGCAUCGUCCUACCGAUCGGAUCCUGCCAGAAUGCAGAACCACGGGGAUCCUUUGGGAGCAAAAGUAUCGCAAGGAGGAUGGAUCUUCUACGGGACACCGAACGUCUCGACGAACGACGAUUCAACUGGGACGUGUCUCUCGAUGGGGAGAAGAUGCUCGAAGAGAAUACAAGGAGCUUCUCGUCCGAAAGAAAGUCGAAGGAUGAGAACGAGGAGGAUAAGGAUGCCGUGUCUCGAUCCAACGGAGAAAAUAAAAACGUCGCUCUUCAUCCAUCGGAGGACCGUACGAGAGCUUCCUUCCUUCGACAGACACUGAAUACGACUGCUACGACGUCAUUAGGUGAACAACGUAGAUCCACGGGCAUCAACGAGGGUAACAAAACCCGUAAGAAAAAUCGUCGAACGAAAGAUUCGAGAAAUAAUCCUUCUUAUAAUAUCGACGGUACUACGGAUGUACGUGAGAACGAGAUUAAGAUCGGUGGUAGAUCGUCGUUACAAGAAAAUAAAGAAAAUGUUAAUACCGAUUCGACGUCGAAAAAAUCGAGAUACUCGCAAACGAGAAAGUAUCGUGGCGAACGACGAAGAAGACGUAAGAACAGGGAUAGGAAAAGGGGUAGAAAGAGGUCAAGACAGAACGACGAUAGAAGAAUGGACGAUGAGAGACGGCGAACGUCGAAGUUUAAGAAACGAACGGAGAACGAAGGAUCGGAACAAUCCUUCGGCAAUUCUUCGAACAUAGGUUUGACGUACGGGGGAAAGAACGUCAGCAUUUUUCGACAGGAUUCAACCAAUUUCGAUGGUUUAGAUUCGAGCACCGGCGGUGCUCCGUCCAAUCUUCGAGCUCCAUCGAUUACAACGACAACUACGACGAACGCGGACGAUAGAAAGAGUUUGCCUCAGGUUUCACCACGACGGGACGUAUACGUUGAAAACGUUGAGAGAGAACUUUCUAAACAAUUGGAAAAGGAGAUCGCUAGAUCGGGUAUGAUAAAUUUGAGUAAUCGAGUUCUAACUGGUUCUACGACACAUCGGGAUGUUACGUCGUACGAUAACGACCGGAACAAAUUAUCGAACGAGAUUAUCAUUGACGACAGAGCGAGAUUUGGUAAUUCGCGUUACGACGCCGAAAAAAUGUUGGGUUAUUCGCGCACCGAGGAAGAUUUACCGAUUCUCGACCUUGAAAACGAGGUACUCGAAAGAACGAUGAAGGAUUAUAACGCAUACAUGACGUCCAGUUUGAAACUACGUCAGGACCGGCCAAAAUUCAGUUCGCCAUCACGAUUGCACGAUCAACCGAUCGUAUCUUUAAUCACAAGUACAACCACUACUACCACCAUGACAACCACUACAAAUGCUGACACCUACGACGAGGAUAAUCCAAAAGGCGACUUAUCAUGCAUAAAUGGAACUUUCUUGCCGGCACCACUAGCGAGGCAUGCUCUUAUCAAAUAUGUAAAGUCUUCCAUACCAGGACACGAGUAUCUCGAAGCCGAUUACGAGUGUGCACCUGGGUUUUACAUGGUAUCGACCGGAAGUCGAUUGCUCUGCAGGAAUCGUCAAUGGAUCGGACAAGUACCAAAAUGUAAACUGAAACAAGGAUCGGACGGUGUCUGUUCGGAAGUCUCAUGCGAACAUGUUUGUAAGGAAAUCGACGGUAGAGCCGUAUGUUCUUGUUACAACGGGUUUCGAUUGGAUGCUUACAAAUGUAUAGACGUGAACGAAUGCGAGGAGAACAACGGUGGCUGUGAGUACAAAUGCGUGAACACUCCUGGAUCUUUUCGAUGCGAGUGUCCGAAGGGAAUGAAACAGGGCGAGGACAGGUUCACGUGCAUAGACAUCAACGAAUGCUUGCUGAACAACGGUCACGGUCCCUGUCAGGACACGUGUCGAAACCUCGUAGGUGGUUACGAAUGCUCUUGCGAGGGUAUCCAGGACACGGUUCUGUCGGCCGAUAACCACACGUGCCAGAACGCAGGUCCAUGCAGUGUCAACAACGCCGGAUGCUCUCACACUUGUCUCUCAACGAUGGGUCGAGUGUUCUGCCUCUGUCCGGACGGCUUCAUGCUCGAGGACGACUGGAAGACCUGUCAAGACGUAGACGAAUGCGCAGUACCCGACCUUCAAACGGAAGUGUGCCGUUAUGGAUGUAUCAACACGCAAGGAUCUUACAGAUGCGCUGAACCGACAGAGCUAAAGGAUCAACCGAUAGCAGAUAGCCUCUCCAUCACCUGCCUGCCCGGAUACGAGGUGUCCGCAGACGGUUCUUGCGUGGAUAUCGAUGAGUGUUCGAUCGAGAACGGAGGGUGCAAGGAGGUAUGCGAAAACACAGACGGUAGUUUCUUCUGUGCUUGCGAUGGCGACGAAAAAGCUCUCUCGUCCGACGGAAAGUCUUGCUUGGAUAUAGAUAACGUCGUCUGUCCUCCAUUAAAUCCUGCAGGAAGAGGCUAUCUGAUGUGUUCCCGAAUGGCUGCGCCAAAAUCCUGGCGAGGUAGACGUAAGAUCAUUAAUCGACCUGGAACUAAAUGUUUCCUCAAGUGUCCUCAUGGUUAUCAGCUUCAUGGGGAAUACGAACUUACCUGCCAAUCCGAUGGCACCUGGGAUGGUCCGAAACACGGCGAAUGCGUUAGAUACAGCAAGCCAAGAUUGGAAUGUCCAAAGGAUGUCGUAGCAGAGUUACCACCAGGACGAGACGAAGCCUUCGUGACGUUCGAUCAGCCCUCGACCGAUCUCGAUUGGUUUCGUUAUGUACGAUCGAAACCUUCCUGGGGUACUAGAUUGGAAGCCAACUUGAAAAUUGGUACACACGAAGUUAACUUUUUCGCGAGACACCCGGUAUCGAAGAAACAAGCAAGUUGCGUUUUGCGUAUCAUCGUGAAAGAAGGCGAAGCACCAAAAGUGAAAGACUGUCCAAACAAUAUCGAUGUGACCGGAAAAAAUGGUACGUCGAUAACAUGGACGGAGCCAAUUUUCACGGACAACGUGAAAGUCACACGUAUUAGCAGCAACGAGAGUCCAGGACGUCCGUUUGACGUUGGAGGGCAUAGAAUAGAAUACGAGGCCAGCGAUGAGGCCGGUUGGUCGAGCAAAUGCGUCUUCACUGUGGUCCUACGAGCCGAGUGAAAAGUAUUAAGAGAAGGGAGUCGAAGAGAAAGCUAGUUUGCUCUUGGCGGUCGAGAGGAAGAGGUACGAAACGGGAUGGAGGAAAUAAGGGAGAGAAAAAAGAGAACAAAAAAGUAAAAAGAAAAAAAAAAAGAAAAAAUAGAAAGAAAUAAAAAAGGAACAAAAAAAAAAAGAGAGAGAGAAAAGAAACAGGAAAAGGUGGAAGUAGGAAGAAACGCGAAAUGAAGUAGCGAAGGAGAAGAGGAGGAAAAGGAGGAGGAGGGGGAGGAGGAGGAGGAAGGAAAAAAAAAGAAAAAAGAAAAGAAAAAAAACGAGAACAAAAGAACAGCAAAAGAAGAAGAAGAAGAAGAAGAAGAAGAAAGGAAGGAGAAAGAGGAGGACGAGGAGGAGGAAAAAGAAAAAGAAAAAGAAGAAGAAAAAAAAAUGAAACGCCAGCACGGAAGAAUAGCGAUAAGGUAAUAUAAAUGGAAAUUCCGGCGAAUCGCGCGAGCAAACACACCGAAGACAUAACAACACAGAUACCACCUCCUUCUUCUUCCUCUUUCCCUUCUCGAGCUUCGUAAUGGAUUCCGUUUUGCAGGUUAAACGCGACCGAAAACACGAAUAUAUCUCGGUUUGCGCGAUAAGCGGCCCAUUCGCCCAACCCACCCAUCGCCACCCACUCCCACCUCACCCAAUCGCGAUACUCCAUUGCGUUUUAUAUUGAAAACUUAUGCGAAUCGACGUUUUCCCUCCUACCCUCUCUCUCUCUCUCUCUCUCUUCCACUCUCUCUCUCUCUAUCUCUCUCUCUUCCACUCUCUCUCUCUCUCUCUCUCUCUCUCUCUCUUCCACUCUCUCUCUCUCUCUCUCUCUCUCUCCCUCUCCUCUCUUUCCAUUUCUUUCAUCCUAUCUCGUUCGAUAUUUCCUUCUUUUUUCCUUCUUUCUUUAUCAUGUUGACUUUUUACUCUAUUCGAUCUUAACAUUUUUUUCGUGUUUUUUCUGUUUUUCUUUUUCUCUUUCUCGUUUUCUUUUUUCUUAAUCCGAAGUGUGAUCGAUGACACUCGUAAUGGUUGAUAACAGGGAAAGAGAGAGGGAGGGAGAGGAAGUGAGGAGAGAAAGUAAGAGAGAGAGAGAGAGAGAGAGAGAGGAAAAUAUUUUAUCCGCAAUCAUGUCCUCCGGUGGUUGUUAAAAUCUCAUGGGAGCCGAUAUAAGAUACGACUUCGAUUUGAAAUCGUGUUGCGCAUCGUUGAAAGUGAAAAUGAGAAAGAGAGAGAGGGAGAGAGAGAGAGAGUCAAUCGAAUAACAGCAAAUGAAAUAUGAGCCUGUUCUAAUGGAAAACGCGAUGUAUAUAUCUUUUUUCUCUUUAUCCUUUUUUUUUUUAUAUAUAAAAUCAUGUAAAUGUGAAAUAAGCGUAAUCGACAACAAUUGAUUCAAAGGCACCAUUUCGUGAUAUUAAUAAUCGGUAACAUACGUAUCUAAUUGUUCUUUUAUGAUUUCUAAUUUCUAUCUUUUCUUUUCCAAAUUCUACGUUUUAAUCUAUUGCUAUGUUAAUUAUUGCACGAAACGUAAAUCGCAAAAAAAAAGAAGAAAGAAAGAAAGAAAGAGAAAAAGAAAGUAUGACGAUCGAUUGGAAUAGAAGUUCGUUAAUCGCGAUUAAUAAUUAAUUUGCGAAUUAAUACCAUUAUUAUUGAUUAAAAUCCAAUCGUUAAUAAGUUUCAUCGUUAACAAACUUGAAUACCUAUACACAUACACACACACAUAUAUAUAUAAUUGUUGUAACAAAUUUUCGUAAAUUCGUUUUUCAUUCCAUCCCUUUCUCUCUCUCUCUCUCUCUCUGUCCGUCUCUCUCUCUCUCUCUCUCUCUCUCUUUCUCUUUCUCGUUUCAUAUUAAAGGUAUUAAAUACCACGAGAAGAGAAUUACAUGUAAAUGAAAUAUAAUAAUUGGCUAGCAUUAUCCCAAUAACUAUUGUACAACAGGUAUUUGUCUGUGGGUACGUAUACACACCUAUUGUUAUCUCCAUAUCGAAGAUUCGAAUAACUUCCCGAUGAUGAACUAUAAAUGCAUGGUAUAUGUAUAAAUGAUUAAUUCUAUUACUUAUACGGAUAUGAGAAGUAAGUUUGUUCCAACGUCUAAAUAAAUUUGUAAGAAGAGAAACUUCUCGAACGUAUAUACACGUUUAACAGUAAUAUUAUAUCAACAGUAUCGCGAAGAACACCGAACUCAAAUACAUAUAUAUAUAUAUAUAUAUAUAUAUAUAUAUAUAUAUUCGAAUAAUAAAAACGGAUAUAAAACUUUUAUCGUAACGUAACAAUAAGGUAAAGAUAGUUCUGAAAAAAAAAAUAAAUAAAUAAAUAAGUAAAAUGAAAGGAAAAAAAAAAAGAGAGAAAAGGAAAAAAAAGGUAAUGUUUAAAACGACAUAGAUAACUGUCGUUAAGCUCAUCGAAUCGAUCAUUGAAACAUAGCCGUUCGUACCUAAUUAUUUAUUAAUAUAAGGGAACGAGAUUGUGUCCAUUCAUCGAGAUAACUCUCGAAAAAGAAAAAAAAAAAUAAAAAACGAAAAAACCAAAAAAAAAGUAAUGAAAAAUGAAAAUAAUAAAAAAUCUUCGAACCGGACAAUAGAUUUUCAUACUUUCGAUGUCCGAAGUCAAUAUACCUACAUACAAUAUGUACGUACACGUUCCGUCGUAAUUUUAUUCUCUCGUUUAUGUACCAAGCCAAAACCAAACCAAACUAAACCAAAUAAAAAAAAAAAAAAAAAAAAAAAAAAAAAAAAAAAAAGAGGAAAAAGAGGAAAGAGACAAAAAUAAAAAUAAAGUAGGAAAAUAUAAAAAAAAAAAGAGAAAGCAAAACAGUAAAUAAAUAAAUAAUUAUUAAAACGGGAUGAUCGAGAAAAACGAGUAAAAGCAAAAAGGUAAAAAACAAAAAAAAGGGAAAAAGAAAAAAAAGGACGACUAGGCGGCGAUCAAUGGUUCUAACGAAUCUUCUAGGUGAGAUGUUGCGCUAGAAACUCUAGUUAGCUUAAAUAUUAAGAUGUAAUCUGUGAAAAGAAGGAAACGAUACCUAAAUGUGUAAAUGAA